UAUACGACUGCUUAGCAUUACUUAAUUUACCACUCACGUAUCCACACCAACUUGCGACAGUUCUCUCUCACCAGACUGCGCCAAAUGGGAGAGAAAAGCUUCAAUAUGGAACAAGUGGAAAGGUAGGUUGGUUAGCAGUAACUAAUUUCAACAGCUCGUCUCCAAGUCACUCGACUAGUAUCUGCCAUCGACAGACAGUCUUUAACAUCACUUUGCACAUUAAAGUUGAACGCUCGGACUCAAAACAAAAAAAAAAAAAAAACAAUCAAUUAAAAUAUAAAAAGCUUAUACAUAUACAUAUGAAUUCUAUUAUAUAACGAAGAAUGAUGCUGGUUCGGUGGACGGUGAAUGGAGAAAUAGGAUCACCUCAAUAAGAAAAUUUACGUCAAGUUCCAAUGUUAUUGAUGAAACUGAAUUUAAAUUAAUAUUUCGGUAGUAAUUACCUUCAGUGAAAAGAGUAAAGGAUCAUAUAUAAUGAAAUAAGUUUUUAAAUCCGCGGUACGAAAAAAAAUCGAGUUUUACUAAAAAAAAAACCACAAUGAAUCAAUCAGAAGUGAAUAAUUUGUUAAAAUGCUUCCUGCAAAAUAAUGAGCCCGUUAGCCAUUUAACAGCAGCACACGAUGAUGAUGAUGAUCACGAUCACGAUGACAACAUGACACUGAUUACAUCUAAGGCUGUAGCAAUGCUGGUUCUUUGCUGCGCCAGCACUCUAUGUGGCUCGAUACCUUUUGUGUUGAACCGUUGCUACAGCUGGACGGACAACCACACAAGCGCUCGUUCCGCGACAGUUGUUAAUUGCCUGUUAUACUUUGGUGGAGGUGUGCUACUCGCCACCACCUUUUUACACCUGUUGCCUGAAGUGCACGACGUGGUGGAGGAACUACAACACUGCGAAAUCAUUGGCGAGCUAAGCUUUCAGCUAGCCAACCUGCUUAUGUGCUGUGGUUUUUUUCUCAUGUACUUUAUAGAGGAGGCCAUGCAUGCGUAUGUACACAGGCAUCAUCGUGAUGAAACUAGCGUCGCUUUUGAACGUGGGCAUAGUGUACGCAACAGCCAUCUGAUGCAGACAGCUACACCUUUACCCACCUCAUCUGGCCUAGCAAGCAACUCAACAAUCUCAGUGCAAAAUUUAAUGUCAGGCGAUUUGGAGCAACAGAAGUACGGUGCAGUACAUCAUCAUGAGCAGCAGCUGCGGCCUCACCCAUAUAACCACAGUCACGGUCACACGCAUUCUCAUGGACACAAUCAAGGGAUGAACUCAACAGGUUCGACCGAUAUGUUUGCCUCCUCAUUGAGAGGUCUCUUCAUUGUGCUUGCCCUCUCACUCCAUGAGCUUUUUGAGGGCAUUGCAAUCGGCUUAGAAGGUUCUGCCAAUGCUGUUUGGUUUAUGCUCAGCGCCGUAUCAGCUCACAAACUAGUACUGGCCUUCUGCGUGGGAGUCGAGCUGAUUGUAGCCCGUACCCGCUUUUUACUAGCCGUACUUUAUGUCUUGACAUUUGCAGUGGUCAGUCCACUGGGAAUCGGUAUUGGAAUACUGAUUAGUCAUGGUCACACCGGAAGUAUACCCAGCCUUGUAUCUGCCUUAUUGCAGGGCCUUGCCUGCGGGACAUUGCUCUACGUGGUAUUCUUCGAGAUAUUAUCGAAAACCCGUUCUGGCUUACGGGCUUAUCUCGCUCUUUUUGUCGGAUUUCUGAUAAUGUUUGGGUUGCAGCAACUUGGUGCAAAUGAUGGACACGUACAUAGCCAUGAUAGAUGCUCUCCAUCCGAACAUAAUUUACAUAGAAGUGCGGCUGAUAACUUGGGAGAUUCUCACAAAUAUGAGCAGCAGCUACAACUGUUACGCCAAGUAACUCAAAAGCUUUUGGAGACACAUCAUUCAAAACAUAAAUGAUUCUAAAUGAAAGUCUGUGCGCCAGUGGGCUGUAUUUAAAUAAACAUAAAUGUGCGUUUUUAUCUAUCUAUCUAUCAAGUUCGCAAUAGAUAU